AUGCUGGGGAGAGGAUUAUGUUUACCUUCACCUUAUCAGCAAAUGAAGAACGAAUGAUUCACAGAAAACCAAAAAGCCACAAAUCAUUUUACACUAAUUCAAAUCUCCUUUUCCUUUUUUAAUACUUUGAUCGAACGCUUUCCUUUCUCUGAACUCCUUUUUGUUUUUUAAUCUCUCUGUUUGAUUAUGGCGUUAGCUGAGAGCUCCAAUAUGCUUUCUUCUUCUUCUAUUAUGCUUGAAGACGAGGAUGAUCAUGAUACUGAUGAUGGGUAUGAUCAUGAUCAUCAUCCUCCACCCAGUAAUCUGUCCAGGUUGUCUGUGUGUACUAGUUCUAUGUAUACUAUUGAUGAUGAUGAUUAUCAAGAUUGUGAUGGUAUGAGGCUGUUCUUGUCAAGAUUAUCCAUAGAAAGCUUCGAUGCAGAUGAGGAACUCUCCGAUGAGAAAGAAGGGUUUGGCAUGCUUGACCUCUCCUCAGAUUCCGAUGAAGAACCCUGUUGCUACUCUCUUCCAGCGACGCCGCCUCGCCGUAGAAACGGCGGAGGUUUGGUAAAUAAGAAGCUUGUGGGGGCGAAGGAGUAUGCCAGUGAAAAUGAAGCUCAAAAGGGUAGUACGAGAAAGAAUUUGAGGAGGAGAAGAAGGGUUAUAAGAGAAAGAUGGGUUGAUGGUGAUAAUAAGAGUCAAAAGAAAGAUGAGGAGUGUAUGGGCGGGGGAAUGGGUAAUUACUAUGGGUACUGUAACAGUUUUAGUGGGGAGAGUGAAGGUGGAGGGGUGGUGUUGAUAACUCGGCCAAAGGGUGGGAGUAGGUCAUUGUGCAUGGACUUGGACGAAGUGAAGGCUUGUAGAGAUCUUGGGUUUGAAUUGGAGCAUGAGCGCAUGCUGGAAAUGCCUGGUCGUGUCUCCCUCUCAGGUUCUACCCUUGAUACAAGCAGCGGUGGCAAUUCGCCUAUCGCCAACUGGCGGAUUUCUAGCCCUGGUGAUGAUCCACGAGAAGUGAAGGCCCGGCUAAAGGUAUGGGCUCAGGCAGUGGCGCUUGCAUCUGCGUCUCGACACGGCGGCAUCUGAACCGUGUUUCUUUUUGCGCCUUUGCUCUCUAUCUUAAACCAAAAAAAAAAAAAAAAGGGAAAAAGGAAAAAAAAAUUUUUUUUGAAGGAUAGAUAUAAUCUUUUAUUAUUCAUCUAGGUAUUGAGGUUGGCUUGUUAAGAAACAAAAGUUUCCUUUUUGAAGGUUAUCCAUUUUGUAAUGUGGAUUGUGGUGUUGGGAUUUCAGGUCGGAGUCUCUCACUGCUUAGUUACUGUACAUGUUUCAGUUGUUGUAAAUAGAUCAGACGAUCGAUCAGGGUUGGAGGCAUCCUGGUUGACUCAAAACAGUUGAUUGUUACUGUUGUAAUUUUUUGGGAGCUUGUAUUCACUUUACACAGUUUGUUA